UACCACAUGCUACAGUUGACAAACAGACAGAGGUAACGUGCAACAAUCGGGUGACAACAGAGAGCUUUUGAGGGAAGGUUACACACUGAUGAGCGGACAUGCGCCCUGGGUGCUCCCAAAUCCUCUUCCUCCUCGCGCGGAUGCGAAGCCGUCGACCAUUGUCAGUUCUCUUAUCACCAGCGAGUUGUUAACAGCUAAAUUUUCUUCCGCCAGCUGAGGGCGAAAUUCAUCUUCAAAUAAUCCAGGUGGAAAAGUGGAAAAUUCGGAGGCCAUUCGAAAAUCAGUAGGAGCAUCGUUGGUGCGUGAGUGUUCGUGUGGAAAGCAUCGCCUGCUUAGCAGUGUGAGUGUGGAAGCGCAACACUUGGUUUUCUCGCUCUUCCCCCGUUGAGCGUGAGCAUAUUUCCUCCCCCCGAGAGCUGGCGACGCGUGGUUAGACCAGACAGCCCUCCUCAGCCUGUAUCAGUUGCAAAACUAUCCAAAACAAAAACUCCACCACCACCACCACCAUUACCACCCCCUUUCCUGAGAUACCGUUCGCAGAAAAGCUACUAAAAUUGCAACAGCAAUAGAAAUAACAGCUAUGCCUGAAGUGUUGCCACUUUCUGGCAUGGCUGAUGCCGAGCCGGACCUGUCCACGUUCGAGAACAAAUCGGGUCUGGCUGAGGACAUGAAGUUCCUUGCCUCGAUGCCGGAACUGUGCGAUGUUACGUUCCUGGUCGGAGAAACCCGGGAGCCGGUUUGUGCUGUAAAGGCCGUUCUGGCAGCACGGUCACGCGUUUUCCAGAAGAUGCUGUACCAGGCACCGUCACCGCAGAGGAAAAAGGAACCACCUCCGAGGGAGAACAAAUUGAGGUUAUUUUUGAAACGAUCUUCGGAACCACUGCUGAAUCUGCAGAAUGCGGCCCAACAGCGAAGCGGCUUCAAUCAGCAGCUGGCGCCAAUCGCCGAGCCGCCGGGCCAGCAGCAUCAGACACUCAUCAUCGAGGAGUUCGAACCGGAUGUGUUCCGUCAGCUGAUCGAGUACAUCCACACGGGGUGUGUGACGUUGCAGCCUCGCACCCUUCUGGGCGUAAUGAAUGCGGCCGACUACUAUGGGCUGGAGGAGUUGCGGCGCGCCUGCGGUGGAUUUGUGCAGUGCUGCAUCAACGUUGACACGGUUUGCGCACUGUUGGCUUCGGCCGAGCGAUAUAUUCAGUACAAGUGUACCAAGAGCUUGGUGCAGAAGGUUCUGGAGUUCGUAGAUGAACACGGGAAUGAAGUUUUGAACUUGGGUAGCUUCACGCUGCUGCCGCAGCACGUGGUACGCUUGAUCUUGGCGCGUGAGGAACUCCGCGCGGAUGAGUUUACCAAGUUUCAAGCUGCACUGAUGUGGAGUAAGAAGUACUGCGACUCAAAUCAGAACACUCCGCUGAAGGAAGUCAUCGGAAACUUUUUGGAGUACAUCCAGUUCCACAAGAUACCGGCUAAUGUGCUGAUGCGAGAGGUUCAUCCGUUGGGAAUCGUUCCGUAUUCGAUCAUCAUGAAUGCGCUGGCGUUUCAGGCAGACCCAAGAAGUGUGGACCCCGGAAAGCUCUCUCCCAACUCCAGUCGAGUAAGGAGGGCACGUCAGUCACAUGGUCGUUCGAUGUCCGUACAAAGUUCGUUGGAUCCGUACGGUUCCAACACUACGCUUAGUUCUAGUGGCAGCAGUGAUCCAGCUAGUGGACCACCUCAUAGCAACUAACAAAGGCUAAACGGCCCCUC